UGUAUGUAUUGUAUCUGUUAUGGCUCGAAAAGCUAUAUGUAAGCUAUCUAAGGCAAGUUAAAGUUGGGGCUCUUAUACUACCCGAAGGGUGGCCUUAUGUAUAAUAUUCCGAAUAAGCUCGGGCUUUAGUACGUGAUUCAUGAUAUGUAUUAUAACCACAAGUCGCGCAACAGCGUAUUAGCCUUAUCGGUGCUAACCAAGUAAAGGAACUACCUCGUAAAACUAAGAGGCUUAGGUGAGGGAUAAGCAUGAUAUGAGUAUCGCGAAGCAGUAUAAAUAACAGGAUAUCCUGCGGCAAUAUCUUCCCACGGAAACCGUAUAGUUCAUACCUUGAUUUGUUCUCUUCUGGCUUACACUUCUGGCUUGCAUUACUAAAAGCUGUGAAGAUUCAACAAAAGAUGUCUAUCGCGGCAAAGACGAAUAUCAGCGGGGAGAAUGGAAGUCUCUAUACAACCCGCCCGAAGAAGGUAUCAGCAUCCCUGCUUAGCUUUUGUUCCUCAGUUGAUUACCUUGAACUAACUUGUGACUCUGUAAAAUGUAGAUAGCUCACCUUAUUAUUUACCAUUCCAAGACAAUGUUCCUGUUCACGAAAAGCGAUUUUAAAACAGUGAUUAUCCCACAGAGCAUUUUUGCAAUUUCUACAGCCACCUCCUUAACCCGUUCUACCACCAAGAACUCCCAAGAGGGUAUGGCUCAGAUCUUAAGCCGAUCACCCUACAUGCUUGGCUGGCUCUGGCUUCACCUACUGGUCGAGAACAUUGCAAACCAGCGCCUUGCGAGCUCUGUGCAGGAAGAUAGGCUAAACAAACCGUGGCGACCAUUACCUGCAGGACGAAUUACUACUAGUGAAGCGCAAGCCAUCCUGAGAGUCUUGGUUCCCACGAGUGUCGUUGUUAGCCUACUUAUUGGGGGGCUGCUACCCAGUGUAACCCUAAUGACCUUCAUUUGGCUCUAUAAUGAUCUCGACGGCUCAGAUGCGGGCCCCUGGCAGCGUAACAUGAUAAACGCUGGCGGGCUUGCCUGCUUUGGCUGGGGUGCUGUCAGCAUCCUCCUCGGCGGCCCACAGCAGGUUGGUGAUCAACAGGAAAAGCUGUGCCGUUGGCUAGUAUUGACCUCUGUCAUCAUUACUACCACUGUGUUUGCUCAAGACUUCCCGGACAUAGAUGGCGACAAGAUUCGGCAUCGUAAUACGUUACCGCUCCUUUACGCCGAAACAUAUUCCCGAGCUUUGCUGGCCAUUUUCAUACUCUUCUGGUCGCUGGUAUCCCCCAUCUUUUGGAACGUGAGGGGGACUGCUUGGUCGGUGUCCGUAUCUAUUGGGAGUGUUAUGGCGUUCUUGACACUGUUUGGUAAGAGCAAAGCUAUUGACGAGGCUGUAUGGAAGUUGUGGUGUGUGUGGAUCACUACCAUUUACCUACUUCCUAUAUUGAGUGUAUAAUCCAUCGCCACGGAGACAGUGUUGGAUAUGGCAAUCUAUACAUGGGAUUUUAAGGUUAGGACCAUCAAGUAGGAUCACUGUUACGUCGCAGAGGAUGAGGUAGGAAAACAACUCCUUUGUUCCCAAGGAUUCUCAAGUGAGAGAAUUGGGGUUUAUUUGGCCGAAUUGUUGCUAUAUAUCAGGUACCUCCUAUAAGCCAUAUAUUCAGUCACAUCAAAUGCCUGAACUCCGUUAUGGAUUAUGGUAUAUGGAUAUGGAUCUUGUAUCAAGCCAGUUCGUCCGAAUUCGGAAAUUUGUUGGCGCGUAAUAUUCUAGGCGUUUUUAUUGGGUGCAUUAUCGUUGAAGGAAUGUGUUGGUUGUAUCGUCGUUUGGUACCAUUCGGCUCCUGUGCCACCCGAAGUUGUGGCCUCAUGUAAUAGAAAAUCUUUAUUCGACUGGGGCAAAUAUGCUAAAAAAGAAGAUAAGAUAUAUCCAAGGCAAAUCAAGCUUGAGCUUGGCUUAUUGGACCCGCUGAUCCAUCAUGGUUGGUGAUAUCCUCC